GGUUCCGGGCAGGUGGGCGGGGAAGAUGGCGGACCACAUCCCGCUGCACCCGGUGCCGCGCAGCACCCAGCGACGAACGGCCUAUUACACUAGCGUCCCCGCCGCGCAGAGGCACAACAGCAGGUACCAAGUGGAAGAUGAAUCCUCCCAUUUGGAUGAAAUGCCACUAAUGAUGUCGGAAGAAGGCUUUGAAAAUGAUGAAAGUGAUUACCAUACUUUACCAAGAGCCAGAGUUUCUCACAGAAAGAGAGGCUUAGAAUGGUUUAUUUGUGGUGGAUGGAAAUUCCUUUGUGCCAGUUGCUGUGACUGGCUUAUAAACAUUUGCCGAAGAAAGAAAGAGCUAAAAGCUCGUACAGUAUGGCUUGGAUGUCCUGAAAAAUGUGAAGAAAAAUAUCCAAGAAAUGCUAUAAAAAAUCAAAAAUACAAUUUCUUUACAUUUAUACCUGGGGUUUUAUAUGAACAGUUCAAGUUUUUCUUGAAUCUCUAUUUUCUCGUCGUGUCCUGCUCACAGUUUGUACCAGCAUUGAAAAUAGGCUACCUGUACACCUACUGGGCUCCUCUGGGAUUUGUUUUGGCUGUCACAAUGGUGCGUGAGGCAGUUGAUGAAUUUCGACGUUAUCAGCGAGACAAGGAAAUGAACUCUCAGUUAUAUAGCAAGCUUACAAUACGAGGUAAAGUGCAAGUUAAGAGUUCAGACAUACAAGUUGGAGACCUCAUCAUAGUGGAAAAGAAUCAACGAAUCCCAUCUGACAUGGUAUUUCUCAGAACUUCAGAGAAAACUGGUUCGUGUUUUAUUCGAACUGAUCAGCUAGAUGGUGAAACAGACUGGAAGCUAAAAGUUGCUGUCAGCUGCACACAGAGGUUACCAGCUUUGGGGGAACUUUUUUCAAUCAGUGCUUAUGUUUAUGCUCAGAAGCCACAAUUGGAUAUUCACAGUUUUGAAGGUACCUUCACACGGGAAGACAGUGAUCCAACUGUUCACGAAAGCCUCAGCAUAGAAAAUACACUAUGGGCAAGCACCGUUGUUGCUUCAGGAACAGUAAUUGGUGUUGUCAUAUACACUGGAAAAGAGACUCGAAGUGUAAUGAACACAUCCAAUCCAAAGAACAAGGUUGGUUUACUGGAUCUUGAACUGAAUCAACUGACCAAAGCCCUGUUUUUGGCUCUAGUUGCCCUUUCAAUUGUUAUGGUAACCUUGCAAGGAUUUGUAGGCCCAUGGUACCGCAACCUUUUUCGGUUCCUCCUCCUGUUUUCCUAUAUCAUCCCUAUCAGUUUACGUGUGAAUUUGGACAUGGGCAAAGCAGCCUAUGGGUGGAUGAUUAUGAAGGAUGACAAUAUUCCUGGAACCGUUGUACGAACCAGCACCAUACCAGAGGAGUUGGGGCGUUUAGUAUAUUUACUAACGGAUAAAACAGGAACACUUACCCAGAAUGAGAUGAUAUUUAAGCGCCUCCAUCUGGGUACUGUGUCUUAUGGGACAGACACAAUGGAUGAAAUUCAGAAUCACAUUGUCAAUUCGUAUUCACAGAUGCAUUCCCAAUCUAGUGGAAACAGUACCAGCUCGACACCUUCCAGAAAAGUGCAGUCUUCAGCACCCAAGGUCCGCAAGACUGUCAGCAGUCGGAUACAUGAAGCAGUGAAAGCUAUUGCUUUGUGUCAUAAUGUGACCCCAGUGUAUGAAUCCCAUGCUGGAGUGACUGGGGAAACAGAAUAUGCAGAAGUGGAUCAGAACUUCAGUGAUGAAAAUCGAACUUACCAGGCUUCUAGUCCUGAUGAGGUAGCUCUGGUACAAUGGACAGAGAGUGUUGGUCUUACUCUGGUUAACAGAGAUCUGACCUCAAUGCAACUGAAGAGUCCAGGAGGACAAAUUCUGACGUAUUAUAUUCUGCAAGUUUUCCCCUUCACAUCUGAAAGCAAACGCAUGGGAAUCAUAGUCCGGGAUGAAUCUACUGGAGAAAUUACCUUUUAUAUGAAAGGUGCAGAUGUCGCAAUGUCCACCAUUGUACAGUACAAUGACUGGUUAGAAGAAGAGUGUGGCAACAUGGCACGAGAAGGAUUGCGCACUCUGGUGGUUGCCAAGAAGUCAUUAACAGAAGAGCAGUACCAAGAUUUUGAGAAUCGCUAUAACCAAGCAAAGUUAAGCAUACAUGAUAGAGCCCUCAAGGUGGCUGCUGUUGUGGAGAGUUUGGAGAGAGAAAUGGAAUUGCUGUGCCUCACUGGAGUAGAGGAUCAACUACAAGCUGAUGUUAGACCAACUCUGGAGAUGCUAAGAAAUGCUGGAAUAAAGAUAUGGAUGUUAACAGGAGAUAAACUGGAGACAGCUACUUGUAUUGCAAAAAGUUCCCACUUAGUAUCUAGAACUCAAGAUAUUCAUAUUUUCAGACCUGUAAUCAGUCGAGGAGAAGCUCACUUAGAACUUAAUGCUUUUAGAAGGAAGCACGACUGUGCCUUGGUGAUAUCUGGGGACUCUCUAGAGGUUUGUCUGAAGUACUAUGAGCAUGAAUUUGUAGAGCUGGCGUGUCAGUGCCCUGCUGUAGUUUGUUGCCGAUGUUCACCCACCCAGAAAGCUCAUAUUGUGAAACUGUUACAACACCACACUGGAAAACGCACUUGUGCAAUAGGUGACGGAGGAAAUGAUGUCAGCAUGAUCCAAGCAGCAGACUGUGGAAUUGGAAUCGAAGGCAAGGAGGGAAAACAAGCUUCCCUGGCAGCUGACUUUUCUAUCACACAAUUUAAACACAUAGGCAGGCUGCUGAUGGUUCAUGGUCGAAACAGUUACAAAAGAUCAGCAGCACUUGGUCAAUUUGUCAUGCACAGGGGCCUUAUUAUUUCAACUAUGCAGGCUGUAUUUUCUUCAGUCUUCUAUUUUGCUUCUAUCCCUUUGUACCAGGGAUUCCUAAUGGUAGGGUAUGCAACCAUAUACACUAUGUUUCCAGUCUUCUCUUUAGUGUUGGAUCAGGAUGUGAAGCCAGAAAUGGCAUUGCUAUAUCCAGAACUUUAUAAGGACCUCACCAAGGGAAGAUCUUUGUCGUUUAAAACCUUCCUCAUCUGGGUUUUAAUCAGUAUAUACCAAGGUGGCAUUCUGAUGUAUGGAGCCCUUCUCCUUUUUGAAUCUGAGUUUGUACAUGUUGUUGCAAUUUCUUUUACUGCCCUAAUCUUGACUGAACUCUUGAUGGUUGCACUGACCAUACGAACGUGGCACUGGUUAAUGGUGGUGGCUGAAUUCUUCAGUCUUGGCUGCUAUGUGGCCUCUCUUGCAUUUCUAAAUGAAUAUUUUGGUAUAGGCAGAGUGUCUUUUGGAGCUUUCUUAGAUGUUGCCUUUAUCACGACUGUGACCUUCCUGUGGAAAGUGUCAGCUAUCACUGUUGUAAGCUGUCUUCCACUUUACAUUCUCAAGUACUUGAAGCGUAAAUUUUCUCCUCCGAGUUACUCCAAGCUUACCUCGUAA